GCUGGUCGUAUCCAGGAGCUCAGUGAAUUAUUUCUGGGCGAUUGGUUUUUAUUUCCGGGCUAUGGGACAAGGCAAUGCCUAGCGGCCGCCUGUAGCCGCUAAGACAGCUCCGCCGCCGCAGCCAUCAUGUCAGACACGGAUAGCGAUGAAGAUUCUGCUGGAGGCGGCCCAUUUUCUUUAACUGGUUUCCUUUUCGGCAACAUCAAUGGAGCCGGGCAGCUUGAAGGAGAAAGCGUCUUGGACGAUGAGUGUAAGAAGCAUUUGGCAGGCUUGGGGGCUUUGGGGCUGGGCAGCCUGAUAACUGAACUCACAGCAAAUGAAGAAUUGACUGGUACUGAUGCUGCCCUGGUAAAUGAUGAAGGAUGGGUCAGGAGUACAGAAGAUGCUGUAGACUAUUCAGACAUCAACGAGGUAGCAGAAGAUGAAAGCCGAAGAUAUCAGCAGACAAUGGGGAGCUUGCAGCCUCUUUGCCAUGCAGAUUAUGAUGAGGAUGACUAUGAUGCUGAUUGUGAAGACAUUGAUUGCAAGUUGAUGCCUCCUCCACCUCCACCUCCAGGACCAAUGAAAAAGGAUAAGGACCAGGAUGCAAUUGCUGGUGUGUCUGAAGAUGGAGAAGGCAUCAUCUUGCCCUCCAUCAUUGCCCCUUCCUCUUUGGCCUCAGAGAAAGUGGACUUCAGUAGUUCCUCUGACUCAGAAUCUGAGAUGGGACCUCAGGAAGCAACACAGACAGAAUCUGAGGAUGGAAAGCUGACCCUACCAUUGGCUGGGAUUAUGCAGCACGAUGCCACCAAGCUGUUGCCGAGUGUCACAGAACUUUUCCCAGAAUUUCGUCCUGGGAAGGUGUUGCGCUUCCUACGUCUUUUUGGACCAGGAAAGAAUGUCCCAUCUGUUUGGCGCAGUGCUCGGAGAAAGAGGAAGAAGAAACACCGUGAACUGAUACAGGAAGAGCAGAUCCAGGAGACGGAGUGCUCAGUAGAAUCAGAAGUCAACCAGAAAUCUUUGUGGAACUAUGACUAUGCCCCACCACCACCUCCAGAGCAGUGUCUCUCUGAUGAUGAAAUCACAAUGAUGGCACCUGUGGAAUCCAAGUUUUCCCAGUCAACUGGAGAUACAGAUAAAGUGACAGACACCAAACCAAGAGUGGCUGAGUGGCGUUAUGGGCCUGCUCGACUGUGGUAUGAUAUGCUGGGUGUCCCUGAAGAUGGCAGUGGGUUUGACUAUGGCUUCAAACUAAGAAAGAUGGAACAGGAACCUGUGAUGAAAUGUAGAAUGAUGGACGUAAGCAACACGGAAUACGGGAUACCUGAGGAAAGCAGUGGCACUGAUCUUCUGGCCGAUGAAAACUUCCUGAUGGUGACACAACUGCAUUGGGAGGAUGAUAUCAUAUGGGAUGGGGAGGAUGUCAAACACAAAGGGACAAAACCACAGCGUGCUAGCCUGGCAGGCUGGCUUCCUUCCAGCAUGACUAGGAAUGCCAUGGCUUACAAUGUUCAACAAGGUUUUGCAGCAACGCUGGAUGAUGACAAGCCUUGGUACUCCAUUUUUCCCAUUGACAAUGAGGAGCUGGUAUACGGACGUUGGGAGGACAAUAUCAUUUGGGAUGCUCAGGCCAUGCCCCGGUUCUUGGAGCCUCCUAUUUUGACACUUGAUCCCAAUGAUGAGAACCUCAUUUUGGAAAUUCCGGAUGAGAAGGAAGAGGCUACUUCGAACUCUCCCUCCAAGGAGAGUAAGAAGGAAUCAUCUCUGAAAAAGAGUCGAAUUCUGUUAGGGAAAACAGGAGUCAUCAAGGAGGAACCACAGCAGAACAUGUCUCAACCAGAAGUGAAAGAUCCAUGGAAUCUCUCCAACGAUGAAUAUUACUACCCUAAGCAACAAGGUCUUCGAGGCACCUUUGGAGGAAAUAUUAUUCAGCAUUCAAUUCCUGCUGUGGAAUUACGGCAGCCCUUCUUUCCUACACACAUGGGGCCCAUCAAACUCCGGCAGUUCCAUCGCCCACCUCUGAAGAAGUACUCUUUUGGGGCACUAUCUCAGCCAGGUCCGCACUCAGUCCAGCCCUUGCUAAAGCACAUCAAAAAGAAGGCAAAGAUGAGAGAACAAGAGAGGCAAGCUUCAGGUGGUGGAGAGAUGUUUUUCAUGCGCACACCUCAAGACCUCACAGGCAAAGAUGGAGAUCUUAUUCUUGCAGAAUAUAGUGAGGAAAAUGGACCGUUAAUGAUGCAAGUUGGCAUGGCAACCAAGAUAAAAAACUACUAUAAGCGGAAACCCGGAAAAGAUCCUGGAGCCCCAGAUUGUAAAUAUGGAGAAACUGUUUACUGCCAUACAUCUCCUUUUCUAGGCUCACUCCAUCCUGGACAGUUGCUGCAGGCAUUUGAGAACAACCUUUUUCGUGCUCCAAUUUAUCUUCAUAAGAUGCCAGAAACUGACUUCCUUAUCAUUCGCACAAGACAAGGUUACUAUAUUCGGGAAUUAGUGGAUAUUUUUGUGGUUGGCCAGCAGUGCCCUUUGUUUGAAGUUCCUGGGCCCAACUCCAAAAGGGCCAAUACUCAUAUUCGAGACUUUCUCCAGGUUUUUAUUUAUCGCCUGUUCUGGAAGAGUAAAGAUCGCCCACGGCGGAUCCGAAUGGAAGAUAUAAAAAAAGCCUUUCCUUCUCAUUCAGAAAGCAGCAUCCGGAAGAGGCUAAAGCUCUGCGCUGACUUCAAACGCACAGGCAUGGAUUCAAACUGGUGGGUGCUGAAGUCUGAUUUUCGUUUACCAACUGAAGAGGAGAUCAGGGCUAUGGUGUCUCCAGAGCAGUGCUGUGCUUAUUACAGCAUGAUAGCUGCAGAGCAGCGACUGAAGGAUGCUGGCUAUGGUGAGAAGUCCUUUUUUGCUCCAGAAGAGGAAAAUGAGGAAGAUUUCCAGAUGAAGAUUGAUGAUGAGGUUCGCACUGCUCCUUGGAACACCACACGGGCUUUCAUUGCUGCCAUGAAGGGCAAGUGUCUCCUGGAGGUGACUGGGGUGGCAGAUCCCACAGGAUGUGGUGAAGGAUUCUCCUAUGUGAAGAUUCCAAACAAACCAACACAGCAGAAGGAUGAUAAGGAGCCUCAGCCAGUGAAGAAGACAGUGACAGGAACAGAUGCAGACCUCCGUCGCCUUUCACUGAAAAAUGCCAAGCAACUUCUACGUAAAUUUGGUGUGCCUGAGGAAGAGAUUAAGAAGUUGUCCCGCUGGGAAGUGAUCGAUGUAGUACGCACAAUGUCAACAGAACAAGCCCGCUCUGGAGAGGGGCCCAUGAGUAAAUUUGCCCGUGGAUCAAGGUUUUCUGUGGCUGAGCAUCAAGAGCGUUACAAAGAGGAAUGUCAGCGCAUCUUUGACCUGCAGAACAAGGUUUUAUCAUCAACCGAAAUCUUAUCAACUGACACAGACAGCAGCUCAGCUGAAGACAGUGACUUUGAGGAAAUGGGAAAAAACAUAGAGAACAUGUUGCAGAAUAAGAAAACCAGCUCUCAGCUGUCACGUGAACGGGAGGAGCAGGAACGGAAGGAACUACAGAGGAUGCUAUUGGCAGCAGGCUCAGCAGCAUCAGGAAACAAUCACAGAGAUGAUGACACUGCUUCUGUGACAAGCCUUAAUUCUUCUGCCACUGGCCGUUGUCUCAAGAUUUAUCGCACGUUUCGCGAUGAGGAGGGGAAAGAAUAUGUUCGCUGUGAGACGGUCCGAAAGCCAGCUGUCAUUGAUGCCUAUGUGCGCAUACGGACCACAAAAGACGAGGAAUUCAUUCGAAAAUUUGCCCUUUUUGAUGAACAACAUCGAGAAGAGAUGCGAAAAGAACGGCGGAGGAUUCAAGAGCAACUGAGGCGACUUAAGCGAAACCAGGAAAAGGAGAAGCUUAAGGGUCCUCCUGAGAAGAAGCCCAAAAAAAUGAAGGAGCGUCCUGACCUAAAACUGAAAUGUGGGGCUUGUGGUGCCAUUGGGCACAUGAGAACAAACAAAUUCUGCCCUCUUUAUUAUCAAACAAAUGCACCCCCUUCCAACCCUGUUGCCAUGACAGAGGAGCAGGAGGAGGAGUUGGAAAAGACAGUCAUUCAUAAUGAUAAUGAGGAACUUAUCAAGGUUGAAGGGACCAAGAUUGUCCUAGGGAAACAGCUAAUUGAGAGUGCAGAUGAGGUUCGCAGAAAAUCUCUGGUUCUCAAGUUCCCUAAGCAGCAACUUCCUCCCAAGAAGAAACGGCGAGUUGGAACUACUGUUCAUUGUGACUAUUUGAAUAGACCUCAUAAGUCCAUUCACCGGCGCCGCACAGACCCCAUGGUGACAUUGUCAUCCAUUUUGGAGUCUAUCAUCAAUGACAUGAGAGAUCUUCCGAAUACAUACCCUUUCCACACUCCAGUCAAUGCAAAGGUCGUAAAGGACUACUACAAGAUCAUCACCCGGCCGAUGGACUUACAGACACUCCGUGAAAAUGUGCGUAAACGCCUCUACCCAUCUCGGGAAGAGUUCAGGGAACAUUUGGAGCUAAUUGUGAAAAAUAGUGCAACCUACAAUGGGCCAAAGCAUUCACUGACCCAGAUCUCUCAAUCAAUGCUAGAUCUCUGUGAUGAAAAACUUAAAGAGAAAGAAGAUAAAUUGGCUCGUUUAGAGAAAGCUAUCAACCCCUUGCUGGAUGAUGAUGACCAAGUGGCAUUUUCUUUUAUUCUGGACAACAUUGUCACCCAGAAAAUGAUGGCAGUUCCAGAUUCUUGGCCGUUUCAUCACCCAGUUAAUAAGAAGUUUGUUCCAGAUUAUUACAAAGUAAUUGUCAGUCCAAUGGAUUUAGAGACCAUACGUAAAAAUAUCUCCAAGCACAAGUAUCAGAGUCGGGAGAGCUUUCUAGACGAUGUCAACCUUAUUCUGGCCAACAGUGUUAAAUACAAUGGGCCUGAAAGUCAAUAUACUAAGACUGCUCAGGAGAUUGUGAACGUCUGUUACCAGACACUGACUGAGUAUGAUGAGCAUUUGACUCAACUUGAGAAGGAUAUUUGUACAGCUAAAGAAGCAGCUUUGGAGGAAGCAGAAUUAGAAAGCUUGGACCCAAUGACCCCAGGGCCUUACACACCUCAGCCUCCUGAUUUGUAUGAUACCACCACAUCCCUCAGUAUGUCUCGAGAUGCCUCUGUAUUUCAAGAUGAGAGCAAUAUGUCUGUCCUGGAUAUUCCCACUGCCACUCCAGAAAAGCAGGUGACACAGAUGCGCCAGGGCCGAGGUAGGCUGGGCGAGGAAGACUCUGAUGUAGAUAUUGAAGGGUAUGAUGAUGAGGAGGAGGAUGGGAAACCUAAGACACCAGCCCCAGAAUGUGAAGAUGCAGAUGGUGAUCUUGCAGACGAAGAGGAAGGAACUGUGCAACAGCCUCAAGCCAGUGUCCUGUAUGAGGAUUUGCUUAUGUCUGAAGGAGAAGAUGAUGAGGAAGAUGCUGGGAGUGAUGAAGAAGGAGAUAAUCCUUUCUCUGCUAUCCAGCUGAGUGAAAGUGGAAGUGACUCGGAUGUAGGAUCUGGUGGGAUAAGACCCAAACAGCCCCGCAUGCUUCAAGAAAACACAAGAAUGGGCAUGGAAAAUGAAGAAAGCAUGAUGUCCUAUGAGGGAGACGGUGGGGAGGCUUCUCAUGGUUUGGAGGAUAGCAAUAUCAGGUCAUUGGACAAGGGAAUGGCAAACCACUUCAGUAUUCUUGCCUUGAGAAUCCUAUGAACAGUAUGAAAAGGCAAAUAGAUAGGACACUGAGAGAUGAACUCCCAAGGUCGGUAGGUGCCCGAUAUGCUCCUGGAGAUCAGUGGAGAAAUAACGCCAGAAAGAAGGAAGGGAUGGAGCCAAAGCAAAAACAACACCCAGCUAUGGAUGUGACUGGUGAUGGAAGCAAGGUCUGAUGCUGUAAAGAGCAAUAUUGCAUAGGAACCUGGAAUGUUAGGUCCAUGAAUCAAGGCAAAUUGGAAGUGGUCGAACAGGAGAUGGCAAGAGUAAAUGUCAACAUUUUAGGAAUCAGCAAACUAAAAUGGACUGGAAUGGGUGAAUUUAAACCAGGUGACCAUUAUAUCUACUACUGUGGGCAGGAAUCCCUUAGAAGAAAUGGAGUAGCCAUCAUGGUCAACAAAAGAGUCAAAUGCAGUACUUGGAUGCAGUCUCAAAAACAACAGAAUGAUCUCUUUGUUUCCAAGGCAAACCAUUCAAUAUCAUGGUAAUCCAAGUCUAUGCCCUGACCAGGACUGCUGAAAAAGCUGAAGUUGAAUGGUUCUAUGAAGACCUACAAGACCUUUUAGAAUUAAUACCCAAAACAGAUGUCCUUUACAUUAUAGGGGACUGGAAUGCAAAAGUAGGAAGUCAAGAAACACCUGGAGUUACAGGCAAAUUUGGCCUUGGAGUAUGGAAUGAAGCAGGGCAAAGGGUAAUAGAAUUUUGCCAAGAGAACACACUGGUCAUAGCAAACACUGUCUUCCAGCAACACAAGAGAAGACUCUACACAUGGACAUCACCGGACGGUCAACACCAAAAUCAGACUGAUUAUAUUCUUUGCAACCAAAGGUGAAGAAGCUCUAUCCAGUCAGCAAAAACAAGACUGGGAGCUGACUAUGGCUCAGAUCAUGAACUCCUUAUUUCCAAAUUCAGACUUAAAUUGAAGAAAGUAGGGAAUACCACUAGACCAUUCAGGUAUGACCUAAAUCAAAUCCCUUACAAUUAUACAGUGGAAGUGAUAAAUAGAUUUAAGGGACUAUAUGUGAUAGACAGAGUGCCUGAUGAAAUAUGGAUGGAGGUUCGUGACAUUGUAGAGGAGACAGGGAUCAAGACCAUCCCCAAGAAAAAAAAUGCAAAAAAGCAAAAUGGUUGUCUGAGGAGGCCUUACAAAUAUCUGUGAAAAGAAGCGAAGUGAAAAGCAAAGGAAAAAAGGAAAGAUAUACCCAUUUGAAUUCAGCGUUCCAAGGAGAACUCUUGGAGAGAUAAGAAAGCCUUCCUCAGUGAUCAAUGCAAAGAAAUAGAGGAAGACAAUAGAAUGGGAAAGACUAGAGAUCUCUUCAAGAAAAUUGGAGAUACCAAGGGAACAUUUCAUGCAAAGAUGGGCACAAUAAAGGGCACAAAGAAAUAGUAUGGACCUAACAGAAGCAGAAGAUAAUAAGAAGAGGUAGCAAGAAUACACAGAAGAACUGUACAAAAGAGAUCUUCACAACCCAGAUAAUCACGAUGGUGUGAUCACUCACCUAGAGCCAAACAUCCUGAAUGUGAAGUCAAGUGGGCCUUAGGAAGCAUGUCUAUGAACAAAGCUAGUGGAAGUGAUGGAAUUCCAGUUGAGCUAUUUCAAAUCUUAAAAGAUGAUGCUGUGAAAGUGCUGCACUCAAUAUGCCAGCAAAUUUGGAAAACUCAGCAGUGGCCACAGGACUGGAAAAGGUCAGUUUUCAUUCCAAUCCCAAAGAAGGGCAAUGCCAAAGAAUGCUCAAAUUCCUGCACAAUUGCACUCAUCUCACACACCAGUAAAGUAAUGCUCAAAAUUCUCCAAGCCAGGCUUCAAUAGUACAUGAACCAUGAACUUCCUGAUGUUCAAGCUGGAUUUAGAAAAGGCAGAAGAACCAGAGAUCAAAUUUCCAACAUCCACUGGAUCAUAGAAAAAGCAUGAGAGUUCCAGAAAAACAUCUAUUUCUGCUUUAUUGACUAUGCCAAAGCCUUUGGCUGUGUGGAUCACAAUAAACUGGAAAAUUCUGAAAGAGACGGGAAUACCAGACCACCUGACCUGCCUCUUGAGAAAUCUGUAUGCAGGUCAGGAAGCAACAGUUAGAACUGGAUAUGGAACAACAGACUGGUUGCAAAUAGGAGAAGCGGUACGUUACACUCUGCGUAUUUAACUUAUAUGCAGAAUACAUCAUGAGAAAUGCUGGGCUGGAUGAAGUACAAGCUGGAAUCAUGAUUGCCAGGAGAAAUAUCAAUAACCUCAGAUAUGCGGGUGACACCACCCUUAUUGCAGAAAGUGAAGAAGAACUAAAGAGCCUCUUGACGAAAGUGAAAGAGGAGAGUGAAAAAGUUGGCUUAAAACUCAACAUUCAGAAAACUAAGAUCAUGGCAUCCAGUCCGAUCACUUCAUGGCAAAUAGAUGGGGAAACAAGGGAAACAGUUACAGACUUAAUUUGAGGGGGCUUCAAAAUCACUGCAGAUGGUAACUGCAGCCAUGAAAUUAAAAGACACUUGCUCCCUGGAUGAAAAAUUACAACCAACCUAGACAGCAUUUUAAAAAGCAGAGACAUUACUUUGCCAACAAAGGUCCGUCCAGUCAAGGCUAUGGCUUUUCCAGUAGUCAUGUAUGGAUGCGAGAGUUGGACUAUAAAGAAAGCUGGGCGCCGAAGAAUUGAUGCUUUUGAACUGUGGUGUUGGAGAAGACUCUGGAGAGUCCCUUGGACUGCGAAGAGAUCCAACCAGUCCAUCCUAAAGGAAAUCAGUCCUGAAUAUUCAUUGGAAAGACUGAUGUUGAAGUGAAACUCCAGUACUUUGGCCACCUGAUGCGAAGAGCUGACUAAAAAGACCCUGAUGCUGGGAAAGAUUGAAGGCAGGAGGAGAAGGGGACGACAGAGGAUGAGAUGGUUGGAUGGCAUCACCGACGUGAUGGACAUGAGUUUGAGUAGGCUCCGAGAGUUGGUGAUGGACAAGGAGGCCUGGUGUGCUGCAGUCCAUGGGGUCGCAAAGAGUUGGACCAACUGAACGACUGAACUGAACUGAACUGAACUGAAUUAUCAGGUACAUAGUAUUACAAAUUUGCUUUUUGGUUCAUAAUAACUUAAUAUUCAAGGUUUUAAAAAAUAAUAAAUUACCCUUAAUGGUAUGCAUUCAAUCUAUCAUUUUAAAUGUUAUGCAUAAAGUGACAGUUUAUAUUACAUAUAAAUUAUAAAUUCUGAAAGUUGUUUUAAAUAGAUGUGAGACUUUCAAAAUCAUUUCUUUAACAUUUUGCCUGUAUAGGUUUGGAUUUUCCACAUUUGAGGAUCUCGAAGUGCUGUAUUUUUCAGUCAACUCUAUAUUAUAGCUUUUAAAUAGCCAUUCAUCCUGAUUUACAGAAAAGAAAUGUGUGAUUAUAUCCUGUCCUUGUAACUCUGUCACUUAUAUAGUACAAAUAAGACCUUGUAUUAACCAAAAUUUUGACUCAAUUAUCUUUAAAAGUGGUCAAAUAACAGAAUAAGCAGAAUUAAAUCACAUUUUAGUAGGCA